UUGUCCUGUACUCCAAUUUCGAAGAAACUGCUAAGAUUGGUCUCUUUUUACCAGCGCCACCCGCCUUCCCAAGCUUGACCCAAGAAGACGACUUUGCGAGAAAAUUUCAGAGAAUUCUAAAUCUCAAGAAAUUUUCAGAGUAACUUAAUCGGAGAGAACCCUUCUACCCUUAAAUCUUCAUAACCGCUUCUCAGUAAUUAAUCACAUAUCAGUUACUUCAACGUCUAGGAGAAGAAUACCACCAAGUCCUUUGACUUAUGGGUUUUGGCCGUGACAAUCGUGUAAGGUUCAAAGAAACAUUAAACACAGAGCAUGGUGGUUACGGGAGAAGAGCUAGACCAUCUCUAAACGCAGUGUUGGACAAUGUCCGUAGAGGGUUGGAGAAAGGAUCAGACAAGAUCAGGACUUUCAAAAAACCAUUGAGUUUCAAUUCCCAUCAGAAGGAAGAGAAGAGAAACGCUAGUGGUACACAUAAGAAGAACAUCAUAAACCCACAAGGUUCCUUUCUACAGAACUGGAACAAGAUCUUCCUCUUUGCUUCAGUCAUCGCUUUAGCCAUUGAUCCCUUGUUCUUUUACAUUCCCAUCGUUGAUGGAGAAAGGCAUUGCCUUAACUUGCACUCCAGCCUGGAGAUAGCAGCUAGUGUGCUUCGAACGUUUGUAGAUGCCUUCUACAUUAUUCACAUUGUGUUUCAGUUUAGGACAGCUUAUGUCUCUCCUUUGUCCCGGGUUUUCGGUAGAGGCGAGCUGGUUGAAGAUCCUAAAGCCAUUGCUAUGAAGUAUCUCUCGACGUACUUCAUCAUCGAUGUUCUCUCUAUCCUUCCACUCCCACAGCUUGUUGUCUUGGCGGUUAUCCCGAAUGUCAACGAGCCGGUCUCUUUGCUCACUAAAGACUACCUGAUAGCCGUCAUAUUUGCUCAGUACAUUCCAAGGAUUCUUCGUAUCUACCCGCUUUACAGUGAAGUUACAAGAACAUCUGGCAUAGUCACUGAAACAGCUUGGGGUGGAGCUGCUUGGAACCUCUCUCUCUAUAUGUUAGCCAGUCAUGUGUUUGGAGCCUUGUGGUACUUAAUAUCAGUAGAACGAGAAGACAGAUGCUGGCGUGAAGCUUGUGCGAAGAGACAAGGGUGUGACUUUAGGUUUCUCUACUGCGAAGAAAACAGCAACGUUGUAAAUGAUUACCUGACUACUUCCUGCCUGUUUAUCAACCCUGAUGAUAUAACGAAUUCGACUGUCUUCAACUUUGGCAUCUUCACUGAUGCUCUCAAGAGUGGGAUUGUUGAGUCAGAUGAUUUCUGGAAGAAGUUCUUCUACUGCUUCUGGUGGGGCCUGCGUAAUCUAAGUGCACUUGGACAGAAUCUCAACACGAGCAAGUUCGUUGGUGAAAUCAUCUUUGCUGUAUCCAUUUGCAUAUCUGGACUAGUCCUAUUCGCACUACUUAUAGGCAAUAUGCAGAAAUACUUGGAGUCGACAACAGUUCGAGAAGAGGAGAUGAGAGUGAGGAAAAGAGAUGCAGAGCAAUGGAUGGCUCAUCGGAUGUUGCCAGAGGACCUAAGGAAACGUAUCAGAAGGUAUGAACAAUACAAAUGGCAAGAAACCAGAGGAGUCGAAGAAGAAAACCUUCUGCGUAACCUCCCUAAAGACCUCAGAAGAGACAUUAAACGCCAUUUCUGCCUCGAUCUCCUCAAGAAAGUACCUCUGUUUGAGAUAAUGGACGAGCAGUUGCUAGAUGCCGUGUGUGACAAGCUAAGACCAGUUCUCUACACUGAGAACAGCUACGCGAUAAGAGAAGGAGACCCAGUGGAAGAAAUGCUGUUUGUUAUGAGAGGAAAGCUUAUGAGCUCCUCCGAAAAAUCAAUACUAAACUUCAAAACAGAGAUGGCUAAGAAGUUUGAUAUGAGUGACCUUGGUCUCUUGACUUACUAUCUAGGGAUCGAGGUGCAUCAGAGUACCAACGGAAUCAUCUUGAAACAAGAUAGAUAUGCACAGAAGAUUCUAGAAGAAACUGGAAUGGAUGCUUGUAAUCCUACUCAUGUACCAAUGGAGAUGAAUGCUAAGUUCUCAAGGGCUCUCACUGAAGAAAGAAUCGAUGAAAAGGAGUAUCGAAGGACCAUCGGUUGUCUCAGAUAUCUUCUACAUACACGUCCUGAUCUAUCUUUCUCAGUUAGAGUUCUAAGUCGAUAUAUGCAGGAACCACGGAUCUCACACGGCGCUGCGCUAAAGAUGAUAUUGCGGUAUCUAAAAGGAACGAGCACGCUUGGUCUUCGGUUUGAAAGAAACAGAGGUUUAAAGCUAGAAGGGUUCAGUGACAGUUCACAUAACAUGGACAAUGACGAUGGAAAAAGCACAACGGGUCACGUGUUUUAUCUUGGUAACAGUCCGAUAACCUGGUGUUCAACUAAGCAAGAGAUAGUGGCUUUGUCUAGCUGUGAAGCUGAGUUCAUGGCAGCUACAGAGGCUGCAAAACAGGCCAUUUGGUUGCAGGAAUUGUUAAGUGAAGUUGUGGGAGAAGCCUGCAAGCGUGUGGUCAUUAGAGUUGAUAAUAAGUCUGCGAUUGCGUUAACUAGAAACCCUGUGUUUCAUGGUUGGAAUAAACAUAUACACAGAAGGUUUCAUUUUAUUCGAGAGUGCGUGGAGAACGAGCAAGUUGGUGUGGAACACAUUCCGGGAAGUGAACAAAGAGCUAACAUUCUCACCAAAUCACUUGGUAGAAUAAAGUUCAGAGAGAUGAGAAGUCUCAUUGGAGUUCAAGAAGUUUGUGAAGAUGGCUUUAAGCUUAAGGGGGAGAAUGUUGACUUAAGCUUAAAGAAUAAGAAAGCUUAG